ACCACUGAUGUUUGAAAGUGGAUGGAAAUCAAGCUGUACAUCCUCACACACGAUUAUGUGUCGAGAGACAUAACAAUGAGAUUAAUCCACGCUAUCCGUGUCCUCUUCAAAUCAUUCUGUGUACUGCUUUUGUGGUCAAAUUCCGAGGGUAGAGAACCAGAGUACGACUAUGUCACAUGCGGUUCACUUGUAAAAUUGCUGAACACGAGACACAACGUUCGUCUACAUUCCCAUGAUGUCAAAUACGGCUCAGGCAGCGGGCAGCAGUCUGUGACAGGUGUGGAGAGUGCAGAGGAUGCCAACAGUUACUGGAGGAUCCGUGGCAGGCCUAAUGGGACAUGCCUACGAGGAGCACCCAUCAAAUGUGGGCAGGCCAUCCGCAUCACCCACAUGCAGACAGGACGCAACCUGCACUCUCACCACUUCAGCUCCCCGCUGUCUAACAACCAGGAGGUGAGUGCGUUCGGGGAGAACGGCGAGGGGGAUGACCUGGACGUGUGGGCGGUCCAGUGCAGCGGGGAGGUGUGGGAGCGUGACGACACUGUGCGCUUCAAGCACACGGGCACCAGCGUGUACCUGAGCAUCACAGGGGAGCAGUACGGACACCCCAUCCGCGGGCAGCGGGAGGUGCACGCCAUGGCAACGCCCAACCAGCACAACUACUGGCGUGUCAUGGAGGGCGUGUUUAUCCAGCCCAGCCAGGAGCCCGCUCGCCACGAUGAGCUGUGAUGACAUCAUCCCAUGCGGCGAGGCACAAUCAGUAAGGGAGGAUGAGAUGACGUAACGCGGGAACGCGGCGGUUGUCAGCUGAACUAGAAUGCGAUGCAAGAGACACGUCAUGAAUGACCAGCCAAUGCUGUGAUUAUGUUUAAACUCGUCUGGUUCGGUGCAUUGGCUGGCAAUGUGCAAUGAGACGAAUUGAGGGACAUUUUACACAAGUUUAGAAUUUUGUUAGUUUAGAACAUUGUUGCUUGAUAUUCUUCAAAGAUCUUGAACACUUUUAAAACCUUACUUUUGCGCUUGCAUAAUGGUCAAAUGUCAUCAACUGUACUGUAGUGUUCCACUAUUCACAGAUAUAAACAAAAACAAACAAAAAACAUAGUAUUGAGUGUUGCAGGAAAUGUUUAUUCUUCCAUGGAGAGAUCAACACCUGAGAGCAGUUCUGUCUUAAAUCCAGACACACCCUGAUCCCACAUCACUCCCUUAUAAGAGCAACUACAUCAUUCCACGACUGGAUGAACACAGAACUGAUGUCCCUGGACCACACGUUAACACCAACCCAUUCUAGCUUGAAAACUAUCUGAUAAGCCUGUGUCAUUCUCAGUUCAAGUCUUGUUGAUUUGUUCCUCUAUGCCUGUGUGUUUUCACCUUGGGUUCUGAAUUUUACAUUAGGUUUGUGUCACACCUGGCUUGUUUUGGAGAGAUAAUUUGGUUUAUUUGUAUAAAGGAGGAAAGAUCAUUUAUAUUUUAAAAUAAUCUGUCUGAAUGUUGUAGUUUUGCCCUCUGUGGUUCUUAAAGCAUAAGUGGCACAGUCUUAGUUUGGAAUAGUUAACUUCUCUCCACGAGAUGGCACUUGCAGGUCAUACUAUUAAGAGCAACAGUCACUUAAUAUCCGAUUGCACUUUGAACUUCCAAAAUCCAAACACACACACACAUGAGUAUAAAAAGGGCAUUUAAGCGUGUGUUAAGCGUGUCUGGUAUAUAACGCAAUUGUGUCUCCAUAUGGGGGGGGGGGCUAUAAUUUGAACGUGGUCUCUAAAUGUCUUCAAUUAUUUGCAAAAUGAUUGACAUAUGAAGGUUUUCUGGUAUCUGGUUAUUUUGAGACUUUUGUGCACAAUAAAUACUUGGGUUGUCGGUUA